AAAGGCAGGGCCACAAGGCUAUGGGACUUAAGAGAGCGGAGUGCAAGGUUAAAUCCUGGGCCCUGUUACUAGCUGUGAGGACUUAGAUAAGCUGCUUGACUUCCCCUUACCUUGGUUUCCUUGUUUGUAAAAUGAGGAUAAGCUAGUACUUCCCUGUGUUGUGAGGAUUCAGUGAGAUAGCUAGUGUAAAGCUUAGCACAGUUCCUGGUGUGUAGGAAGUGAUCCAGAAAUCUAAGCAGUUAAAGUUACUGGGCCACUGACGCAUCUCUCCUCUUUUUACAGAGGAGACACCUUUCUUCCCAGCCUCAGUGUUUGCACCUGUUAGUUGGGGAACAGGUUUGCCUGUGAUCGGGGUGCAGCUACCAAGUACUGUGCUCCUAUGUGUCAUCCGUUGCAGAGUGACUUCUGUGUAUUCUUAAUUAAUCCAAUGAGAUAGGUACCAUUAUUUUCCCAUUUUGCAGACAGAGAAACUGAAGAUUAGGAAUAAACUUUUCCUAACAUCACAGAGCUGAUGAGAAGCUAGGCCUCUCUGCCUCAACAGCCUCAUCCUCUUCACGUUCCAGGCAUGUUUUGUGGAGCCGACAUGGACCCAAAUCCUCGGGCAGCCCUGGAGCGCCAGCAGCUCCGCCUUCGGGAGCGGCAAAAAUUCUUUGAGGAAAUUUUGCAGCCUGAGACGGAGUUUGUCUUCCCCCUGUCCCACCUGCAUCUCGAGUCGCAGAGACCCCCCAUAGGGAGUAUUUCAUCCAUGGAAGUGAAUGUGGAUGCACUGGAGCAGGUAGAACUUAUUGACCUUGGAGACCAGGAUGGAGCAGAUGUGUUCUUGCCUUGUGAGGACUCUCCACCAGCCUCCCAGACAUCUGGGCUGGAUGACCACCCGGAGGAGUUGAGCCUGCCAAUGCCCACGCCAGACAGGACUGCGUCCCGCACGUCCUCCUCAUCUUCUGACGACUCCACCAACCUGCACAGCCCAAAUCCCAGUGACGGCGGGGCAGACACGCCCUUGGCACAGUCUGAUGCGGAAGAGGAUGGGGCUGAUGGAGGGGCAGAGCCUGGAGCUUGCAGCUAGCAGUGGGCCCCCAUCUACAGACUGACUGAGCUGGCUCUUCUCCGCAGGAGACCCUAGGCCCAGCCAGAGCCCUUCAGAGAAGACCAGACUCUUUACUUGCAGUAGGCACCAGGGGCAGGCAAGGACAGUGGGAUGGCGUACCUCUCUGGGAAAUAACCCUCCUGCUUUACUGCUAACCUUUCCUGCUACAACCCUCCCACCAGUUUUUGGCUUCCUCCCAAGGUAGGGCUUAUAGGCAAGGAGAUGGAAGAUGAGGCAGGACAAGAUGCUACUGCUUUUCUUAGCACCCCUCCCUCCCCCAGACUCUCCUGCAGUCUUCUGAUAGAGUCUCCUGGACCAGUGUCUCUAAGUGGACGUGAACUCCGUAGCACUCCCCGUGCAGUGGUACUCCAGCCACCCUGCUCCCCUACAUCCUGUUCGGGAACAGGGCACGGUAUAAAUAAUAAAUAAUAAUCUACCAACCA